AUGUCCGAGCCAGUCUACAACGCCUCAACCCCCAAAGGCGGCGACCCCACCCAGGUUGACGUGAACCUGCAAUACUCGGGAGCCGAAUACAACUAUGUCUACAUCAUCAGCUGCGCGUUCAUCGUCUGGCUUAUCAUGCCCGGGAUAGGAUUGCUGUAUAGCGGUCUUGCACGACGGAAGUCUGCGCUGGCGUUGCUGUUUCAAUGUCUUUUAGUUAUUGCUGUGAUAACCGUGCAAUGGAUGUUCUGGGGCUACUCGCUGGCAUAUUCUAGAGAUGGGGGGCCUUAUAUCGGGACGUUGAAGAACUUUGGGUUGAUAGAUGUGAUGGUUGCGCCGUCGCCCGGGUCUGCGGUGUUACCGGAGGUUGUGUUUUGUUAUUUUCAGUUGCUUUUCUGUGCUUGUACAGUGAUCAUUGUCAUCGGUGGCGCCUUCGAACGAGGAAACAUCCUCCCCUCCCUGCUCUUCAGCUUCUGCUGGGCUACCAUCGUAUAUUGUCCACUUGCCCGCUGGACAUGGAGUAGUAAGGGGUGGUUGUAUAAUCUACCCUCGCUCGACUAUGCGGGUGGUGGACCGGUGCAUAUUGCCUCUGGGUGUACCGCACUAGCCUACGCAUUCGUACUCGGAAAGCGUAAGCACAGUUCUGAAACAGAGCCCCGACGCAGACCGCAUAACGUCACGCUGGUGUUUCUGGGGACGGCGUUUAUCUGGUGUGGGUGGGCUGGGUUUAAUGGAGGCUCCACGCUAAACGCAAGCGUCCGCUCAAUGGUCUCUAUCUUCAACACCAACGCUGCCGCAUCCACCGGCAUCCUCGGCUGGGUGUUAGUCGACCUAAUCCGCCACCGCGGCCGCUUCUCCCUGGUCGGCGCCUGCGAAGGCGCCAUCGCAGGUCUCGUCGGUAUAACCCCCGCCGCGGGUUUCGUCUCCAUCUGGCUAGCCGCAUGCAUCGGCUUCAUAACGUCAAUUAUCUGCGCGUUACUCCAAGACCUCAAUAAAUGGAUCCACAUCGACGAGGGGAUGGACGUGUUCAAACUCCACGGCGUAGGCGGGAUGGUUGGCGCCUUUCUGACAGGUAUCUUCGCGAGCGAGAGUGUUGCUGCGCUCGACGGGGCGACGUACCAGGGCGGUGCGAUUGAUGGGGUUGGCGUGCAGGUUGGGCGGCAGUUGGUGGAGGUGUGUGCGAUUUCGGGUUAUGCGUUUGUGGCAUCGGUGGUAUUGCUGUAUGUGAUAAACUGGAUUCCGGGGAUGAGGUUGAGGGUUGGAGAGGAGGUGGAGGGAGUGGGAUUGGAUAGGGGUAUGUUUGUGGAAGAAGAGAUUGGCGAUUGGGGUUUGUUUAAGAUGGGUUUUGUUGAGGGUAGGUCUAGUAGUCCGGCGCAGACGCAGAUGGUUGUCGAUGCAAAGUAG